CUAACCAAACAAAAUGAGGCCCAAAAAAAUGGCAGAGUCCAUAGACUCAAAGCUCCAAAUAGUGAUGUUCCCAUGGCUUGCAUUAGGCCAUAUAAUCCCAUUUCUCAACCUCUCUAAUGAACUUGCUAAAAAGGGUCACAAAAUCUCAUUCUUAUUACCCAAAAAUGCUCAAAUCAAACUUCAAAAUCUCAAUCUUUACCCUAAUCUCAUCACUUUCCACACACUCAAAAUCCCUCAUAUCCAUGGCCUUCCAUAUGGAGCUGAAACUACAGCUGAUGUGCCUAGAUCUUUGGAAACUCUACUAGCAACAGCUAUGGAUGAAUUGUAUGAUGAAAUCAAAUCUUUUCUUCAAAACCUAAAACCCCAUUUCGUUUUCUUUGAUUUUGCUCAUUGGGUUACUGAAAUAGCAGUAGAAAUUGGGGAUAUCAACACUAUUUGUUAUAAACUUACUUCCCCUGCUACAUCAGCUAUUUCAUUGAUUCGACCUCCGGAAAAGAGUGUUUUCAUGGCAUCAAAUGCAGCUGAAAAAGUUAGGCCACCACCAGCAACAGAAAUUGGGGGUAUCAAGACUUUAUGUUAUAAAAUCGUUUGCCCUGCUACAUCAGCUUAUUCAUUGGUUCGAUCACCGGAAAAGAGUGUUUUUAUGGCAUCAACUGCAGCUGAAAUAGUUAGGCCACCACCAGGUUACCCUUCUACUACUGUGGUGUUGCACGAACACGAAGCUAAGUUGCUAGAGUUUCUGUUUCAAGAAUAUGGCAAGGGAGUGACAAUAUAUGAACGGUUGACAAAGGGAAUGACACUAUGCGAUGCAAUAGCUUUGAAAACAUGUCGAGAGAUUGAAGGAACAUUUGGUGACUACAUCGCCACACAAUUUAAAAAACCAGUCCUUUACACUGGACCUGUUCUUCCUGAUCCUGAAAAGGGGCCGUUAGAAGAACAUGGAUUAUCGAAUUGGCUCGAGAAGUUCGAACCAGGAUCAGUGGUGUUCUGUGCAUUUGGAAGCCAAUUGAUUCUUGAAAAGAAACAGUUUCAAGAACUUGUUUUAGGCCUUGAACUAACAGGUCUGCCAUUUCUGGUAGUUCUUAAGCCACCUGAAGGAGCAAAUUCAGUAGAAGAAGCCCUGCCUGAGGGAUUCAAAGAAAGGGUUCAAGAAAAAGGAUUGGUUCUUGCUUGUUGGGUGCCUCAGUUGAAGAUUUUAACUCACAAAUCAGUUGGUUGUUUUGUGUCACACUGUGGUUAUGGAUCAAUGUGGGAAUCUUUAGCAUUGUGUGAUUGUCAAUUAGUACUUUUGCCAAGUGCUAAUGAUCAAACUUUAAGUGCUAGGAUGAUGGAACAAGAUCUUAAGGUUGGUGUUGAAGUGAAGAAGGAUGAAAAUGGUUGGUUUUCAAAGGAGAGUUUGUGCAAGGCUGUGAAAUGUGUCAUGGAUAAAGAUAGCCAAGUUGGCUGUUUGGUGAAAGAGAAUCAUAGAAAAUGGAAGGAAGUUCUUUCAAGUCCUGGUUUCAUGAGUAACUAUAUUGAUAGUUUCAUUCAGAUUUUGUAUGAACUUCUAGUUAAAUAGACCUAGAAUAGGCAUGCGGUUGAAGUUACAGGUUCAAUAUGUAUAAGAACGUAUUUCAAACUUAAAACUCUGAAUCCGCCUCUAGUUGGAGACAAAUGUUCCGUACUUUUGUCAUACUCCAGUUUCUGAAUAGAUGUGUUGCAGUAAAAUAAUUGUACUAAUGUUGCUCUGAUAAACACCUUGUGGUGAUCUGAUAUUAAUAGUUCUGUUUAGUCUUGA